GAUCCUGCAGCUUCCGAACAGUUGACAGCAAAGCGUCCGCAGGAAAAUGAACCGUUCAAUCAGAAAUUAAAGAAACUUAGAGCGUCUGAAGUCCGUUCAACCGACCCAGAUUCAAGAACUCCUCUCAGGUCGCUUGGGACAGCUUCAGCUGUAGAAAGAGUUUCUGAUCAAGCUAAUUACUCCCUUCAAAAAGAAGGAGAGUCGCAAGAACACGUUAUCAGAAAUACAGAGGAGAUUGGUCACUCAAAACCAGGUAGUCAAGAGACCAGAAAUGGUACAGUGUCAUCUGCGCCACAUUCUCUCUUGGAAGAGCUGGUGGAUAAUGGGCUGAUGGGAUAUUCAACGCCUGAACAGAAUUAUUUAAGUAAUGUGUCCAAUGCAACGCCAAUGAUGCAAUUAAAUCAAUCAUUUCAUCCAGGAAAUACAGACAUGGGUGGAGAUUUGUCAAAGCACGACGGCUUUGUCCCUUUUCCAGGACCUAGCGACAUAAGCUCCCCAACUUUUUUGUUGGAUGUGUCACAACAACCUCUUGGUGUGAGAGCACAGGUGAGUAAAAGCAUUGUUAAAGGGGAGGAAAAAGUAUCAAUAUGCUAUUGCUGGCGAGCGUUAUGCGAGCCAGCACACUAUUCUGUACAAUAGCGGGAAAAAGGCAAAAUGUGUCGUAUGUAAGAUCAGAAGCAUGUGCAGUCAAUUGGUUUUCUUAUUAUCCGGGUUAUUGGCCAUUUAGACUAUUCACAGUCUUCUAUUUUUCCGUAAGAUCGUCGAGAUCGAGCGCUUCGCCUUAUGGGCUGCCAUCUUGCAUGAGUGUCAAAACUACCUAGGGGGAGGGGGCGGGGGCGGGGGCGGGGGCGGGGUCGGUUUGGGAGGAAGCGAGAAAAGUAGAGGGACUGUAAUAACAUCACUGCUCGCGUUCAGGAGGUGUGACAGGAAUUUCACGCCUUUUACCAUUCAUUAAUUAAGAAACAUGCCAGACACCUUUAGCAUCGAUUACGCGUGUUUACAAAUAUCUCCUUUCGAAACAGUGAUUUUAUAAUGUUUCUGGGCCAUUCCUCGAAAUAAAAUCGGCAAACAUGCACAAGAAAACAUUUUCCUAAUCAAAAUACCAAAAAUCCUUCGUGUGUUUGCGCAAGAUGUGCCUUAUCACGCCUUAUGGUAUGAAAACGUACGUUUAAUGGAAACGUCGACUUGUCGAUGUCGGCAACUUAAACUAAACCCUUGUCAACGCAAAUCAACAUUUAUUGUCUAAUGACCAAUCAAACGCCUGCGUUGCUGGUACAAGGCGCUCCUUAACGCGAGCUGCAGUGAUCUUAUUACAGUCCCUCUAUUUUUCUCGAACCCCCCCUCCCCGCAGAGCUAUAAUCCCCGACGCCCACCCCCUCGGUACAUUUGAAAUUCAAGAUAGCCGUGACGGUAAGACGCGGUGUAUCUAAACGAUCUCACGAGAAAAUAGGGGACUGUGAACAGUCUAUUGGCCAUUUCCACAUCUCCCAUAAUACACUUUGUUUGCGUGUUUCUUGCACCCAACACAUGCAAGCUGUUUUGUAGACGCAUUGUUUACAUUUCUCUGGGGACGAUUGAAAGUCCCAAGGGAAGAUGAAGACAAUGCCUAUGACACACGCAAACAAAGUGUAUUAUGGGAGAUGUGGAAAUGGCGAAUUCACUCCUGCGCUAUGACAAAAAAAGAUUUACUCGGUCAACGUUUAGAAUGAUACAUGCACUGUGUAGUGCUAGUAACCUUCGCGCGAGAGCCGAGAAAAUAAAAAAAACCUCUGUUCAUGCAAACUCACAAGGUCACGUUUCACAUUAUCACGAGCUUAGGUGUCGUGUUUAGCCUGUCAACGCUUCCUUCUAAACUGUCUCGCGCGAAAAUAAUCGGAAGUUGCAAAUUGCAGGUUUCUCUUUGAUUGGCUGAUUUAAUUGGGAUCAGCUAAGGUGACAAAAGUGGGCGGCAUUCGAAAAAUCACAAUCGAUGCUAAGUGUGCCCUCGUAGUUGUUAUUUCCUGUGGUUUGUGGCAGCCAGAAAGGUGACAAUUUUCGACUAAUGUAUCGUAUUAUUAUUGGUCCUUUUGACAUCACCACCGUGGCCUGUGUACAGACCCCCCCUUCCCCUACUGAGGGGAGGGGGUUCUGUACACUGGCUGCACCGCCGUGGGUCAAUUUUGGUUGGCGUAGAUCGACGGUUGCCUGCGUGCAACAAAGGAAAUAGGAGACGUCUGCACGCAGGCAAGUCGUCGGAAGAACCAGAACAAUGGACUGGUAAGAGGUGCUUUAUUUUUUUCUCCUACCCUUGUCUCGCGCUUCGCCCAAAAUGCCGUGUUCGCCUCGCUUGGCUCAUAAAGCGCCAGUUAUGCAGUCUAGUCCGUUGAGGCGAAAGAAAAGCUUGAAACUAUAUGGAUUCAGAAUGUGUAUCGCUCUUUGAAGCUACGUGUAACCCCUGGCUAACCAUUCAACGAUAAAAUUAUUUGAAUGUCGCGUUGACAAUCGCCUGCUAUACAGGCUACCGUCAGGUCCAAUUGUUUUUUAAACCUUCAAGCACAAGGUCCAGAAGAGUUUCGUGUGAAUAAAUGAAUUACUUAUUUAAAGUCUCACCUCGAAAAAUGUCUGUACCUAUCACUUAGCACGAUUAAUUAGCUUCAUGGGAUCUUUAUGAAUCUACUGUAAACGAUUUCUUCGCUUCUUAUCUGACCCAGAUCGACCUUGUUGUUCGCCAUUUUGAAACUAUCAAGAACCGCAAGCCCAUAUCCUCGCUGGCGUACGGCAUGUCGCCCGAAGGGAGACCGAGGCACCAAGUGCCGAUCUUGCAAGCCCUCAGUCUCUUGGUUUGCGCUAUAUAGAAUCUCUAACGAAACUGUAACGCGAUCAAAAUAACCCCUUUUUUUCAGAGGUUUUCGACGGGUUUUGAUGUUCUAACGACAAACACAUCUCCUCUGGACCUUGUGCUUCAAGUCGAAGGAAAAUUUCUCGAGCACCACAUUAAACCCGUUAAUUAAUAUCCAUGCGUCGAUAUCUUCAUACCUCCAGUCGGAAAUCGACAAAAAUUCUUGACAAGCAGCCAAACACAUAAAAAUAUCUUGUCUUCCUUGGGAUCCGUCACUUAAUUGUCCGUGACCUCGAUGAAAUUAUUUCCAUAGGCAGAUGAAGAAAUCUAAAAAAUAUAAACAAGCAAUUAGUAAAAACUCAGGCCUCGUUUAUCUUCUGCUUGCACUCUGGAAAUUUACUCCAAGGGCUUUCCCCUUUUAUACAAUAUACGCGAAAAUAACAUCUUUUGCUUUUAAAAAGGCUUGCCCACCCUUAUCCCCAGGGGUCAUUUUCAUUUUCUUCACUUUAGUCAUUUUCAAACGGUAAGUAUUUGAGUGAUCAUACAUUGGGUUUUCAUCCUGCCGCAGACUCAAAACUAGCUGCGAAUCACCUAACUUAGAAUCACAGCUUGGAGGCACUGAUCAUGAUCAGUGUCUUUCAUGUUAUGAGCUCAGACCCCGUUCACAACUAAACGUCUCUGGAAAAAUUUUGAUCGCUUUCACAAUAGGCCACGGUGACCAAAAAAAAAGGAGAAUGAAAACCAUGGUGACCAUAUUGGUCUGCACGUGCAAACGGACACAGCAUUGUUGGAUGUUACAUGUUGCGUCCGUUUGCACAUCCUGUUGCAUGUUGUUGGGAGUUGUUGCGCAAAGUUUGAAACAGGUCAAACUUUAAGCUACGUGUAAACGGACGCAACAAUUCAACAAUGUUGAGAGCUGUUGCGUUCGUUUGCACGUAGCUUAAGGACUUAUGAGAGGUCAACUUGUAGCAAGUCUGCAUAUUAGUAUACAAAACAAUGAGACGGCGGCCAUGUUGGUGUACCCCAAGAUGCACAGAAAUACUCAAUACGGGUACUUGUGAACGAGGCCUUAGAUUACCUGUUAAAGCAUAAUAAACAUGUAAUACAGGAGACUACUAUCUUCUUCAGAAUUUUAUACACCUACUCCAAAAUAAGGAUAACCUAGUCAGGGUCAAUUGCGGUUAUUUUUAAUUAGUGGAAUAAUUGCGUGGAAGUAAUUUUAAGAAAUAGAUUUGUUCUUUAAUUUAAUUUCAAUGUUUUCAAAUCCUCUAAUUUGGUCCUUGUCGUGAUAAUCGUAGGUGGCACAGCCAAUGGAAAUCGUCAACCAAAGCAGUCAUCAAGGUAUUUACUUACCAGAGAAUGUAAGGAUUUUUACACAAUAGAACGGGGAAUAACUCGGAGAUUUCCUUAAAACAAAAAAUAGAAUAGUUUUCGCACCUUUGAUGGGAAAGUGGAAAGCGCAGAUAAGAAUGAAAUGGGAUAUGCUGGUUGAAGUCAAAUGCAACUAGUCCCAGUUUACCCGUUUUCUCAGUCUUCGCUAAAACUCGUUAUGACGACGGCUUUCACGUUUUCCCGCCAAAAUGUCGCUGGUUCACGCGCGCGCACUGCUGAGCAACCUCGUUCCCAGGGUUCUCUGAGAACCCUGGGAGUGAGGUUGACUGCUUAGUAUUGAAAAAAUCUCGUAGUCAUAGCCCGGUAGAAAAAGGUAUUUUCGAGCAGAAUUUGAGCAGAAUAAGGGAAAAUCAGCGGCACUAAUGAUAUGCAUAACGGUUGUAAGAGAAAUUUAAAACUAAAUAAAAAACAAAUGGAAAAUACCUUGUGAUUAAUUUGAUUACUUAAUAGCUACAACGCACUCACAUAAAAAGUAAGAUCAAUUAAAAUUUUGCUACGCAUUACGAAUAUCUAGUUAGUUUUUAGGGAUCAGGCCGAAGCUCUUUUCUAUUGAUAUUUGCGAAAAUAAUUACGAAAAUUUUUUUCCGAUACAGAGCAGAAUUCGAGCAGAAUAAGGGUGUAUGAGCAGAAUUUUGAGCAGAAUUAGCGAUUUUUACGGGCACUGCCGGCAGGCAGAAUAAGCCAUUUUAUGAGCAGAAUUUAUUCAAGCCUAGUUCUUGUCUUAGAAUCUAAAGGUCACUACCUUUGGACGGUUACCGGUCAUGUUGACCAGCCAUCAAAUUAUAGGUUUGCUUGCUCAUGGCUCGUCUCUUACCGCCCAGACUAAUUUUAUCUCGGUCCUGGCUCGUUUGUUACAGGUCAAAAUACUGAAAAUAUCAAUUUUAUUAAAAAAGCAAUGGGUAAUUAAAGUCAAAAUAUCGCCUCGUAUGGUCCAAAACUCGUUCCAUCAUGAGUUGUUGAAAAAAGAAGGAAACAAUGUUCACCUAACAUUCAAACCAUUUUACGAUGACUUUUUGUAUUUUUCUCAAAAAUUUGUGAGUGCAAGCAGCGAAAAUGUUUAAUGAUUGAACAGUUUUUGUCAUUUUCAGAAUUAAUACAAAUAAAUUUAGUUUUCUAGUUAUGAAUGCCGUGCACAAGGUUUUUCCUGACAAAUGGUCAUCUUGACCUCCCUGAAAAAUGAUUUUGAAAUACUCUUACAGUUACGUUCAUUAUUUCGCGGAAAGUGAAUGCACCAUAGGCACGCACCAUCAUGGCAUUAAUAUCAGGAUCAUUUGUAGCCGGAAAUUUGUGCACCCCCAGGAUAAACGAGAAGUCGAGUUAUAUAAUAAGUAAAUACUGUAAUCGUUUUUUGUUUAAAAUUCGAAAACUUGAUCAGUUGUAAGACUAUUCGUUAAUGCGCGUUUUAUAGUGCAAAACGGUCUUAUUUCUGCGUUGGCCAAUUCAAGAAUUCAAGCUUUUGGUCAAGUAAACAGGAAGUGUGGAGUGUGUGACAAAACGGAGAGGGACAUUUGGAAGAGACACAUUCGAGAAUCCACUGUUCGCCAUCGAGCACUUUGAGUAAGUGCAUAAAGGCAAUUUUCGUCUUGUGUGCUUUCUUUUAAUAACACAAAGAAACUGACUGUUUUGUAGUCUGCUGAUACGUCUUUGUUAAAGCGGGGAGGUGUAUUAAAAGAGCGAGAAUUAGUCAGCGGUAAACUGUGAAAAGGCAGAGCUGUGCAAAGAAUUGACACUAUUAAUUUCAGUAAACCACAUACAGUAGUCUGAACCAAAAUUUAUCUCUUUACAGAUAUAAAUUCAAUUGCAAGAAGUAACAGCAAGGUGUCGUCAGAUGACUCUGGACAAAUAGUCUGGGUAAUUACAAUCUGUGUUGUGUGUUAAACCAGGAAAUCAUAAUGCUUAAACUUAACUGUUGUGGGAAGAAAGCAAUGAGGGCAAGAAAUUUUAAAACUGGAAAGAAUAGUUUAUCAUGUGUUUUGAUCGCAAGCAGUCAGAAAGUAAAGCUGCGUUUGCAGAGUUUUUUAUGGCAACAUUAGUUUUGUGUUUCGUUUUCAGUCCCCAAGUUUUGACGGUUACCUGGAAAACGAUGCUUUGGAUUCAGGUAAAUCCUUCUUUUAUAGCGGAGCUCCACGCGCGCGGAGCCCCAUUGCUAAGAAAAAUAGACCUUAUUCACGAUAUCCGCCAUCUUUGCACGCGCAUAAGGACUGAUGAGAUAAAUGUGAUGUCACGUGGUUUCUCAGUGUGCAAACAAGCGAUAAAAUCUGCAAAAUAAAAGAAAUCGCGGUUGUGUUUGUUUACUUUAAACAAAAGAAAAUGAAGAACUUUUUAUCUUAAAGACAAUAGUGGCAAAUUAUGGUUGGACGUGAUCGUUGUGUUUUUGAAUGCAGUAACGACCGUAGAUGUCCUCACAGCAAGCAGUAAUGACGUGAAACUUGUCGAAACUUGAACUGUAGAUUUUGCAAAUUUAAAAUUGCCUUAUCGUUUUUAGAGGAUUAACAAACUCGACCGCGAUUACUCGUAUUGAGACAUUUUAUCACUUGUUUGACCCCGGAAAUACCACCUGACAUUGCUUUCAUCCCAUCAAUCCUAGAGCGCGUGCAAAGAUGGCGGGUAUCGUGAAUAAGGUCUAUUUGGUUAUCUAUACAUCCGAAACAUUUUCGUUGUGACGUCAGUGUACGCCCACCCGAACAUACAGACUCUGGGGAAAAGGGAAGGGAGUUGGAAAACAACCCGACUGGGAGGUGGAUAAAGCGGGAAAUCGCUCUUCUGGACCAUCGGCAGCCCGCGUUUUUAUUGGCGGGAAGAAAAACACCAGGACUUAAGAGAAAAAAACAACAACAAAGCCGGGUCUUUCUUUCGACUAAAUUUGAAUGUCUACAUUUACGCGAAAAAGACAGAAGCUAGAGCGAGAAAUAAAAAAACAACGGAGAUCAAUUUCGGUUGAAGAAAAACAGGAAGAUUUUAUAGCAGCAGUGAGAAAAUGAGAAAUGCUAGCGGCCACCAAGGUAAAAAUGAGCUGCAGCGAAAAAAAAAAGAUCAGGAACACAUACCACUUUUCCUCCAUAAAACGUGUAACUAGGAAGUUAGUGGAAGUUUCACGUUGAAGUCGUGCAAAGCAGCGGCAAAAAAGAUAUAACAAAAAGUGUGCCGCACGUGCAAAGUUGUUUUUUUGGCCAAUUAGACCUAUUUUUGUUUUUUGGUUUUUUUAACCGCUCUCGUUUUCGUCACCGUUUCUAUAGCAUUGUACGAUUUCAUAUUUUGUUUGAGUAAACGAUUAAUAUUAAAGAGAGCUUCUCUUUGAGCCCGGCUAAAUCUAUAUUUUAGACACUAAUGUUCAGAGGACAACUGUUUAAAUGUCGGUUCAAGUUUAUUUACAUUGACUUGUAUGCCUCCCCUUCAAAACUAGAUCCAGAUUGGCUGCUUUCACUCGAUUUUGAUGGAAGUGAUCCAUCUGCAGUGACACCUACUCCUGAGCUGACUGCUUCAUCAUCGUAUAGUAGUUUCGAUAGUAUCCCGUCUGUAGCCUCCUUCAAUAUUGGAAUACAAGGGCAAAUGAAUGAUGAUCAAAACCAAAAGUCUGAACCACUUAAAGCAUUGCAUCCACAGGUAAGUAAUGCCAACGACAUAAACUACUUGAGGGAUAGUAUUUGUAAUCAGGUUAAAGGUGAGCGUAUUUUGUGUCUAAAAGCCGCCAAUUCAGCAGGCAAACAGUCUUAGAAAAAAAUGACUCAUUAGACACUCAUUGUCAGAGACUGAUUGAUGGUAACCGUCAUAAUUGUUGUCGUUUUUUGCUAGUUGUUCUUGUUCUGAAAUUGGAUGUUUUAUAAUGUUAUCUGUUAACUUAAAUAUGAGGAAUAAUUUGUUUCUGUAAAAGGGCAUUUUUAUCACUGCUGGGAUUAAAUUUACUCCAUGGUAUUAUUUUCUUUGUCUGAUAGGUGCCUCAUGGUAACAGUUCUGACUCCGGGCUAGGUUCACACAGUAGCAGUUCUGGCCCCCAAUCAACGGAUAUGUCAGAAAAUGAAAGUAGGUUUUAUACCUGGAUUUAGUUUCUCUUCCCUUUGUGGAUGUUGCACUAUAAACUCGCCCCAGCUCCUUCACGUAAAAUAAUCUCUCUUAAAUUUUAUCAAGAGAGGAUAAAGGGGACAGAGAAGGCAUCCCCCAUACACACCCUAUUCUAUAGGUAAUUUGUCUCGAGUUAUUUUGAACACCACAGAUCUCAAGGGGGAUUAGACAACAGCCAAUUACAUAGCGCGAAUGCGUUCCGCGUGGGUGACCCACGCUCAGAGGCACGCGUCCUUCACGAAUUGAUGCAGAACAAAAUGGCAGAAGACGCGGAGAGCGAUAUUGCUAUUCGUUUUGUCGACGAAAACGACUUCAGAGAGAUUUCUGCUAAAGCUGUGUCAGCGAAACGGAAAUUAAAAAAGAAUCGCCCUUCCUCUCUUGUAUAGAGCUAACAGUACAGCAGGAAAAUCCUUAACACACUGAAUAUUCUCUCAGUUACAGUUUGAAGAGACCAAUUUCUGGUUUGAUAUUUAUUCUUUUAUUAGUCUUUUAUUAUUCAACAAAAAUAACAAUUGGCGUCCUACUUGCUUUAUUGUACAGACGACCGGUUUCAAUAGACUGGCGAAAUUUUUCAUUUUAUUAAAGCACUGAGAUUACGACAACUUCGAGUUAAACUGAUUUCACGGGUUGUCAAAGAGUCCAGCGAUUCCCUUUUCCCAGGUGAGCGCCGACUCUUGUCGCGUCAAUAUUCAGGAAUGCUCUCGAUCUCUUUACGCUUUCGUUGCCUUUCGCCUGACAUGUUUUGCACGGCGUUUAGUCAUGCGAAACCUCCACGAAACAUCCACGCAGCGCGCGAGGUAACUUUAUCCCGAUUCUAAAAAUAACUCGAGACGAAUUACCUAUGGAGUAGGGUGUGUCUGGGGGAUACCUUCUCUGUCUUCUUUAUCCUCUCUUGAUUUUAUACGAUGAAAGGAGGAAGGUUAACCCUAUUUUAAAUAAAUUGGUGUUUUUACUCAUGCUGAGUACACGAAAAAUAUAUUUUAAGGAGAACAAAAUCUGGAGAGUGAAAGUUUUAUUAUUUAGAUAUGAAUGAUAUGGAAGUCUGCAUUUGGUAACAGAGGAGUAUGAGAUAAUUUUAUAGCGGUCCAAUUUCUUACUUCAUUUACAACAUCGGGGAACUUCAGGGGACUUUCACUGAAAAAUACAAGCUCAGAAAAUCAAACGGGCUCUAGGUUUAAGUAUCAUUUAUUAACAGCUUUUGCUUAUAUAGCGGCAAUAAGAAUGUGUGACCGAUGUCUAAGUUUUGAACAUUUCGGCAGCAAAUUAGUUUAAAAAAAGCACUUAGAAUAAUUGGCAGGCAUGGCAAGAAUAAGCACAGUGACCCCAUCUUUGUGUUUGAGUUUUUCAAUGUUCUAUACAUAACUUUAAUUUUGUCAAGUAUGAUAAGGUUUCAACGGACUGGAAUUACCUUAAGAACACACAACGUACAUACAUACAUACAUACAUCCAUACAUAGUAACAUACAUGUUUUUUUUUAUUUGAGUCUCAUACAAUAAAUAGUAUAUCAACUAUUUCCAAAAAAACUAAAAUUACAAACAACAAAAAUUCCUGACCAUAUAUGGCUAAUAACUUAUAAUUCCUUAACCUCCUCCCCGCCCCCCAUUCUCUAUUAUAUCAUAAAUUUUACGAACCUUUAAUUAUUUGGAAUGUAUUGAAGAAAUAGUGAAUUGGCUAAAAAUUUUAUCAACAUUUUAUUGUAAAUUGUACCCAAGUGGAACGUCAAAUAUUUUAUAUUUUAGCAGCUUAAAAUGUUUCUGUGACAGAGGCUCAUUUAUCAGUGUUUUUUCCUUCACGAUGCAGAUAACGCUGUCGUGGACCACGCGAUCAUUGAGAUAUUUCCUGAUGUAGUAGGUUUGCGGGUAUGUUAAAGGGUCAUAUUUUCCAUAUUUUAACUCUGAUAAGUUAAAAUUUCUCGUUAUCUGACAUCGAAAUUGAUAUUUGUCAGAUUUAACCUAAAACAGUAGACUGUUGGCCUACUUAAUGAGAAAUUCAUAAUUAUUUAUAAUCUUGGCGCCUAACUUUUUAAAAUAUUUUUGUAAGGGUGCGCCUUCUUGUGAAUUCCCUGGGUUGGCAGAACGCUUCCCGGAGGUUCAGUCAGGAUAUUAUACCGUUGAAGGUGUAAAAGAAGAAUUCUGCUGGGAAAAAGGCGAUAAAGACGGGAAAGGAGAUUGCAUUCCACGUAAGUUUUGUAAUAUACGUUAUGUUGCCACGUCCGCUUGCUUUAUUCGAGUAAAUGGCGUACCAUGCGUCGAAUUACUUCACUACUAAAACAAAAGUAAUCUUUAGUCCGGUUGGACUACAGCAGUACAUUUCAUAAACAAAAGACGAUGUCAGUCAAUGCCAGGUUGUGGAUAGAUAUAUUACAUUAAAAAACGCAAAAGCAAAACCUCAUCAACCCUUGACUUUAAAGAAAGUUACCAAUUUGUUUCAAAUUUGCCUUUUUCUAUAUAAAAUAGUUACCUUUACCAAAUUUAGCACGAAACAGGAUUAAAAAAAAAAAGAAAGAAAGAAAUUCCCAUGUUCAAUUUUAAUGAUUUUUGUUUGAUAACUGGGAUCAAAGUAACACAAUAAUUUUUGUUCAUUUUCCCAUUUCCCAUUUUUUUAAUGAUUUUUGUUUGAUAACUGGGAUCAAAGUAACACAAUAAUUUUUGUUCAUUUUCCCAUUUCCCAUUUUUUAAUGAUUUUUGUUUGAUAACUGGGAUCAAAGUAACACAAUAAUUUUUGUUCAUUUUCCCAUUUCCCAUUUUUUUAAUGAUUUUUGUUUGAUAACUGGGAUCAAAGUAACACAAUAAUUUUUGUUCAUUUUCCCAUUUCCCAUUUUUUUAAUGAUUUUUGUUUGAUAACUGGGAUCAAAGUAACACAAUAAUUUUUGUUCAUUUUCCCAUUUCCCAUUUUUUUAAUGAUUUUUGUUUGAUAACCGGGAUCAACGUAACACAAUAAUUUUUGUUCAUUUUCCCGUUUAGCCUCGACGGAAGAGGGAGAAAAAACUGUGAUAAUCUGGUCACUGUCACGUGAAAAAAUGGGAGAAGCGAAGCUAUUGUACGUAGAUCGCCGUAAACACAAAAAGGAAGAGCAUCUCAAAACAUACGUUAGAAAAGUAACCCAGCAGAUAGAAGAUUUAGCUAUCUCUUUAAGAGACCAAGCUGAUCAAAGCGAAAAUGAUGGAACGCAACAUUCAGAGAUUUUUGGUACGUUUUUGUUCUUGUUUUUAUUGUUUUUUUAAUUAAUUUGUUUUUGUUCUCUUCGUAUCUUAGUUAGCUGCUGGUUACAGAUAGGUGCAGAAGUACAGCAACAAUAACAAUAAUAAUAAUGAUAAUAACGAUAUAAUUAUGAUAAAAAUCUUUAAACAAUUUGGAGUAAAUAAAUUGUUACUGCGAUUGAGUUUCCACGUCAGAAUGUACCGAUAUACUGAGCUACACUAAGCUGAAGCUAAAAAUAAUGUUGAAAAUCUAACAAUGGUGUUUUCCUGCAUGGUACAUGUUUGUUUUUAAGUUUGUUUUUAACCCGCUUAUUCUUCGCUUAUUCCAGGUGUUUGCGCCAUAACAUCUUUAUUCGUUCUUUUAGGAUCCUCGCGGAAAGUUCAGGUGUUACGGCUUUUGACCCAUAAAGCAGCACAAUGUGUCUUUCAGUGGGACAGUUUCCCAUUAUCGGAAUUGUCUAUUAUGAUGCACGACCUCAAGAACGCUGCCAUUAACCUUGAAAAGAUAACUGAUAGGUAA